AUGCAGCAGGUGAUACCCGGAGCGGUUCCCGGGCGUCAGUGGUUGCUUGCGCUCCGCCGGCACUCGAGAGCGCUCUUCCGGUGUUGGAGCAGCCGUUGUGGUAGGGUGUACGAUGUCAUCGUUAUUGGUGGAGGCCAUGCGGGCACUGAGGCAGCCGCCGCAGCCGCACGAAAGGGUGCAAGAACAGCGCUCUUGAGCCCGAGGCUGGACAGAAUCGGGGUCAUGUCGUGUAAUCCUUCCAUCGGAGGAGUCGGCAAAGGCCAUAUGGUGCGAGAAAUGGAUGCGCUUGGCGGCCUCAUGGGCAGAGCUUCCGACGAAUCAUGUAUGCAAACUCGUGUACUUAACCAGAGCCGAGGUCCAGCGACCCGCGCCCCGAGACACCAAUGUGAUCGUCGACUCUACCGCUUGGCGAUCCAGAGGGCGUUACAACAAUUGACCGAAACGAAUCUCACACUCAUCGAGACAGCCGUACAGGACCUUGAUAUUGAGAGGCUGCAGCCGUCGUCCGCGCACGCUACAGAACCCGCCUGGCGUUGUCGUGGAGUCAUCUGCGCUGACGGCAGUAUGAUACGAGCUACGGCCGUUGUACUCACGACGGGCACAUUCCUCAACGGUCUCAUGUAUUUAGGUGCCGAUAAGACAGUAGCGGGAGGUCGACUUGGCGAGGACUCGCGGAGCGAUCAAAUGUUCAUGGGCUCUGGCGAGUUACACCAAUCAACGGGAGCGUCCACCUCUGAGGCAAGCCGUCGAGUGUCGGUGAAUGAUGCACGCGGGAGUCUUUCGCAGCUGGGCCAUACGUUGGCGAAUGUGCUCCAGUUGCGAAUGGGACGCCUCAAAACCGGCACACCGCCGCGACUUGACGCCUCAACGGUGCGACUCGACGGACUCGAGCGGCAGGACAGCGAUCCCGCCUUGCCGAGGUUCCAGUUUAUGCCGCCGGAGCCCUGCCACUUGGAAGCACUCGUGGCUCGUCUGCAGCCGUGUUAUCGAACCGCUACCCGACCAGAAACGCACGAGCUCGUUCGAGAAGCCACAGAGGCAGGGCUCUCACCGCAGUACCGAGGCGGAGGCCGUGGACCUCGCUACUGUCCAUCGUUGGAGGCCAAGGUGCAGCGCUUCGCCCAGCGGGAUGCGCAUCCUGUUUGGCUAGAGCCAGAGUAUACGCCCCAGAGUGCUGCACUGGAAAACUUGCCGCAAAAUAUAAUCUAUCCAAACGGUAUUUCGAUGGCAUUGCCUCCGGACGUCCAGCAGCGCAUCCUUCGAACUAUUCCGGGCCUGGAGCAGGCUCGCAUCCUCCGUUAUGGGUACGCUGUAGAGUACGACUACGUGGAUCCCCGUCAGUUGCGCGGACCCACUCUGGAACUGCGCUGCUGUGAGGGUCUCUAUCUGGCGGGCCAGAUUAACGGCACAACGGGGUAUGAAGAGGCUGCUGCUCAGGGUUUGGUUGCUGGUGCAAAUGCCGCCGCCAAGGCAGGCUUCGGGAACGCUCUCCUCUUAAGCCGCGGUGAUGCGUAUAUUGGGGUGCUCAUCGAUGAUCUGCUGCGCACUGGAGUGACCGAGCCGUACCGCAUGCUCACUGUUCGCUCUGAGUAUCGCCUGCACUUGCGAGCGGAUAACGCAGACCUCCGUCUGACCCCGAUUGGCAUCGAGUGCGGGCUUGUUGGACCUGCACAGACAAAAUAUUUUGAAAAAAAGCGUGAGCGACUCGAGGAUGCGUUGCAGCAACUGAGUCGCAUUCGCUAUUCAGCGGCAGAUUGGAAGAAACGCGUACCUGAAAGCCUUGCAGCAGUGCUGGGUGCUGACGGACGAGUAUACUCCGCACUGGAGAUGCUUGCGCACCCGGGGAUCCAACUGGUGAACUUACGCCUGCCAGUAAUGAUUGAUUCUGAUCUGCACGACGUGAUUGAGGCACAGUGCUUGUAUCGACAGUAUCUUGCUCGCCAGGAGUCACAGGCGAUGCGGCUCAGACGCGACGAGGCAUUAUCAUUGCGAGGUGUGGUGUUCGCGGAUAUGCCGAGCCUCUCCGCAGAGGCCAAAGAGAAACUACAGCAACGACAGCCGGCAACACUGGGUGAGGCUGCUCGAAUCGAGGGUAUCACACCGACUGCAUUGCUUUUAUUGCAGGCACAGGCUUUACGAAAUGCACGGGAGUCGUCGAGCACCAGUCCCUGA